AUGUCCUCCUCAGCACCUCCCCCUUCAACUUCCCCGAGUGACAAUCAGUACUGGGCACAAGCCGCCGAAGCCCGUUUGCGAGCCUUGCCACAGUCGAUAUCGGCUCACGAACUCCUCCGCGAGCGUGAAAGUAGCAAGACGGCUCACGAGACGUUCAUGGCGCAUCUAAAUGCUCGCCUGUGGCACUCCAACGGUCGUUUGGGCGGCCUUCCCGUGGAAACUCUCGGCCUCAUCUUCUCCUGGUUGGCCACCAUGGAGCCAAUCGGAGAGAUCGACGUCGACGCAUUACCCAUCACUGACUCUGAAACGGACGAAAACAUUGAUAUGGACUCCGAAAGCGGCCCCGAGCAAGAGUACACUGCGUCUGAGAUAGGCGACGAAAGCGCUAGCGAGAGCGCAUGGUCCCACGCCUCUUCCGCGGACAGUGGGGACAUCAGUCUCGGAAACUACACGUACACCAUCGGAUGGGUGCGAGUAACUUGGGUAUGCCAUCUCUGGCGCGAGAUAGCGCUGUCAAAGCCGUCCCUGUGGUCAUAUAUUCCCAUGCACUUGCCCACCCCUUGGAUCAAUACGCUCAGAGAACGCAGUAAAGAGACGCUACUUACCAUCGAUUUCACUGGUGAAGAAGAGGACGACGAUGCAUUUCUGAAGACUGGCACUGGCAAUAUGUCUAUAUACAAGAACGCCAGAAGCAUCAUCUAUAAUGGCAACUCAGGAGGCAGGAUAGGUGCGGCGUUGAGGCUCAGUGGCGCGCGCGCUCUCGAGUACCUUGAGUCCAAUAAUUCCGUCGAAGCCUUUCCUGUAAACGUUCUCCAGCCGCAUCUCCUUGGGUCUCUCAAAACGAUCGAGAUAUCUCUCAUUGACCGCCUCCCAUCGUGGUCCUUUGAAUGCGCAUUCUCUCACCUGACGAGCUUGCGUCUCGGCAUCCUCUCCUACAGAACCGAAGGCCCGACUGAGAGACCGGGGCCACCCCGGUUCGAGCCUGCCCCUAAUCCACACCAGUUCAUGAUCUUCAUCGGCUCUCUGACUAAGCUAGAGAACCUGGAAUUGCAUGGAUGCCUCCCCAUCAAUUCACCCACUUCCGACGCAAACAUUCAAACCGUCACCCUCCCGCACUUGCGUAGUGUCGCUCUCACGGGCCGAUCUGCAGGCUGCGCUCUUUUCCUCCGCAACGUCGUCUUCCCCAACAGUGCAACGUUGCGCAUCGACUGCUUGGACCUCUCAUGCGACGGAUACGACGAACUUGCGCUCGACACCCUUGCAAGCCGCCGCGCCACCCUCCAUUCGCUGUCAAUAUCGUACAUGUUUCGCCAACCCACGGGCUUCGGAACGCAUUUCAGACAGCCCGAGUUGACCCAGGCUCUCGUAUAUGGAUCCAGCUUUCCCGAGUCGAAGAUGGGGCCAUCGUCGGAGGCCCCAUCUUUCCCUGAACAUCGUACACUCGGCCGACGCCUCGCGAACUCCAGUGCCGACUUCUCGCUUCUCAUCACCCCGCACGAGUAUAAAGUCGUCAAGACGUGGGUGCAAGCCUUUCCCAAGGAGUUGUGCACACGAUUGUCGGUGCACGGGGUGCGAUACCUGGCACUGGACGUCGACAGCUCGAUGAAUGUCUGGCAUACCGUUCACCGCGACGGACGGCACGUAUCAAACGACAAUGCGCCCGUGUGGGAAGCAUCGCAAUGGACCGAUCUUCUGCGCCAACUCUCGAAUCUGCACCACCUGCGAGUGUUCUCCAAACCUUCACUCCGUGUACGAGAGUGCAGCGCGGUCGUCGAUCUGCUUCAAGCGCUCGUCGACUCGAACGAGCUUCUCCCUGACCUUCAGCAACUCGAUCUCGUCGACUUGGAUCCUGAGUCGGGCGUCGCUGGUGCAUUCGCCACUCAUGUAUCUGAUCCUGAGGUCGACUUCGCAAUCAAGGAUCCAAACUCUCCCAAUGACGCCUCGCACUUCCUGAAGUCCCUGGUUGAGAUGCGUCCUACGCUCGCUGUUCAUUUGAUCAGGCGUCAGUGUCAAGAUAACAAGAACAGGUGGAUGGCAAGGGAGUGGUUGAUGUCAAGCGAAUCGAGAGGCAGGGUACAUUUCGAAGAUCCCAAUGUACCAUAUUCUUGA